CCUUCUCUUCCUCGUCCUCGCCGUCGUCCUCGCCCUUCUCCGCCGGAGCGCAUCCAUCCUCCGCUUCCCGACCCCGGCCCCGCGCAGGUGUGAGCCCUUUCAGUGGCUGUGGCAAUAAGGAUCAGGAAGGACGUACAUUUUCAGUCCACUGACACCAGUCCAUCGACCCUAUCUUGAGGCGGCAGACAUGAACGUGAAGAAGUAUCUGGUGAAAUGCCUUCACCGCCUGCAGAAGGGUCCGGGCUACACAUACAAGGAGCUGCUGGUCUGGUACUGCGACAACACGAACACCCACGGGCCCAAGCGCAUCAUCUGCGAAGGGCCCAAGAAGAAGGUCAUGUGGUUCGUGCUCACCCUGGUGUUCGCCUGCGUGGUCUUCUGGGAGUGGGGUCUCUUCAUCCAGACCUACCUCAGCUGGAAGGUCAGCGUGUCCCUCUCCAUCGGCUUCAAGACGAUGGACUUCCCGGCGGUCACCAUCUGCAAUUCCAGCCCUUUCCGGUACUCCAAAGUGAAGCAUCUGCUAAAAGACCUGGAUGAUUUAAUGGAGGUGGCGCUGCAGAGGAUCCUGACACCGGAGGCGGGUGCCGGCCUGGGCAGCUCCAACAACACUCAGAAUCUGAACCUCACCAUCUGGAACCACACUCCCCUGGUGGUGAUCGACGAGCGAGACCCCCAGAAACCCGUCAUCCUGGACAUCUUCGGCGACGGCCACAACAACUCCGAGUCCAUCCACCCAACCUCAAAUGAGACCUGCAAUGCCCAGAAGUGCAAAGUGGCCAUGAAACUGUGCAGAAACAACAGCAGCGAGUGUUCCUAUCGCAACUUCACCAGCGCCACCCAGGCAGUGACGGAGUGGUAUAUCCUUCACUCUACCAGCAUUCUCUCUCAGGUGCCCCUCCAGGAGAGGAUUGACAUGGGUUUCCAGGCAAACAAGAUGAUUCUGGCAUGCCUGUUUGGGGCAGAGCCCUGCAAUUUCAGGAAUUUCACUGCACUAUUUCACCCCGAUUAUGGCAACUGCUACAUCUUCAACUGGGGCAUGAAGGAGAAAGCCCUACCUUCCUCCAAUCCCGGGGCUGAAUUUGGCCUGAAGUUAAUCCUGGACAUCAGCCAAGAAGACUACAUCCCCUACCUGACGUCCACGGCCGGGGCCCGGCUCAUGCUGCACGAGCAGCGGAGCUUCCCCUUCCUCCGGGACGAGGGCAUCUACGCCAUGGCGGGCACGGAGACCUCCAUCGGGGUGCUAGUGGAUAAGCUGGAACGGAUAGGAGAACCCUACAGUCACUGCACUGUCAACGGAUCUGAUGUCCCUGUCCUGAAUCUCUACAGCGAAUAUAACACCUCCUACUCCAUACAGGCCUGUCUGCGCUCUUGCUUCCAGGACCAGAUGAUCCACAACUGCAGCUGUGGCCACUAUCUCUACCCCUUACCCAAAGGGAAAAGUUACUGCAAUAACCAAGACUAUCCCGACUGGGCUUAUUGCUACUCCGCCUUGAGGAUGAGCAUUCUCCAGCGAGAGACCUGUAUCGACCUGUGUAAGGAGUCAUGCAAUGAUACACAAUACAAGAUGACCAUCUCUAUGGCUGACUGGCCGUCCGAGUCCUCUGAGGAUUGGAUUUUCCACGUGUUAUCCCAUGAAAGGGACAAAACCCCCAACGUGACCAUGGGCAGGAAAGGGAUUGUCAAGCUGAAUAUUUUCUUCCAAGAAUUCAACUACCGGACGAUCGCAGAGUCUGCUGCUCAUAACAUCGUCUGGUUGCUAUCAAAUCUGGGAGGCCAGUUUGGAUUCUGGAUGGGGGGCUCGGUCCUGUGCAUCAUCGAGUUUGGAGAGAUCAUCAUCGACUUCAUCUGGAUCACCAUCAUCAAGCUGGUCGCCUGGGGCAAGGGGCUGAAGCAGAAGCGGGCACAGGCCCGCUACGCUGACCCGCCGCCCACGGUGGCCGAGCUGGUGGAGGCACACACCAACUUCGGCUUCCAGUUCGACGACGCCGGCACCGGCCCCUCUCCCGUCGGCUACCCCGUUGGGCCGAGCACGCCCAUCCCUGGCACCCCGCCCCCAAACUACGACUCCCUGCGCAUGCAGCCGCUGGACGUCAUCGAGUCGGACAGUGAGGCUGAAAACGCUUAAGUGCUCUGAGCUCCUGGGGAUGCUCCUAGAAUGUAGAAAGAAACCACCCAGAUAUCGUAGAAGAAACAACUCCAAGGCAGUCCAGCAGCUCCGCUGUCAGAUGUCUGCCCUUCUCGCUGCUGCAGGCAGCCAUUUUCCCAUUUAGUCAUUUAGGGCAGUCCUGAGGACUCUACUGCAAAUAAAAUGGGUUUUUGUUUUUGUUUUUUUUUUUUUUAAGAAGUGGGUUUAUUUAAUAAAAACCCGUUGACUUGGCAGGGGGGAAAUGUCCCCCUUCCUCAGUCUCUGGGAAUGCAGUUGCCAAGGGGGAGGAAGAGAACAAACUGCCCUCUCUGUAGCCGACUUCCACUCACACAGCACGGGGGCCUCUUAGAGGUCUAUCCGAACGCUGGAUAUCAGGGACCAACAGUUCUUCAAAUUCAUCUUCUGCCACUGAGUUGCUGUGGAAACCUGGACAAGUUACUUCACCUCCCCAGGUCUCUGGUUUGCCCUAUUUACCAACCUUCCAGGACUUCUAGGAGGGAAAAAAAAAAUCACUCCCAAGCUGGAAAAAGAGCCCUCUGUCCUGCUAGUGAGAUGUUCCCUGGCCCUUGCAAGAUGGGACUACUUACUUGCUCUUAGCCAGAGGCCCUGAGCGGCACAAGUAUUUCGCCUCAAGACAUCUCAAUUCCCUCCCUCCCAUUAAUUUCCCCUCUUGCCACAUGUCGACCGUUUUCAGCAUCGGCCCCGCCUCGACCGCUCCCAGUUGGGGCCUGGACUGAUGGGCCCAAAAUAUUAUUUAAUGGCUUGGGUAACAGUCCCCUGAUGUGACAAACCCUGGGCAGAUUCUCACUUCACCAAUACUAUGAUCCCACAGUCCUAUGCAAGAUCUUUUAGCCUUGUUCGGUGGCCCACUUAGCCAUAGAACAACGUAUGAAAUACAUCCUAUCACUGGUUAAGCCUGGCCUUAAUGUAGGAACAAAUCAAAUAUAGGUGAAAUUAUUUUUUCAUUCAAAAAUCAAAAAGGUCAUUAGGAUUUUUCCACUUCUAAAAUGAUCUCCAAGCCAUGCUGUCAGUGAUUAUUAAAUGCUACAGAGAGAGGUAAAACAACAAAGAGGUUAAAGUACAGAACUUCUGAAACAGAAAAAUGCUAAUUAGGAAUUUAGGUGGGGGUAAAAGGAAAUCAGGCUAUGGGCAAAUUGUCAUUUGAAUUAAAAGGAAAUUGACCUGC